UCACAUAUUCCUGAAUUUAACGGUUACUACCACACAGAGAUAUUUCGAACUGGGAAAAAAGGUGGGGGAGUGUCCCUUUACUAUAAAAGCUACUUGGCAUGCAGUGUUAUCUCUGAAUAUACUCGUGUCUCUGCGAAUUAUGAGUGUCUUCUUGUAGGGUGUCGUGAUUACAUUUUAGGUGCUGUGUACAGACCACCAUCCGGAUCCCCUAGUGUUUUUCUAGACUUCUUACAAGAAAUUUUUCAGUAUGCAUCUGAGAGUAAACUUCCUAUGGUACUAGUUGAUGAUUUUAAUAUUAAUCUGAUGUUGUCUGACUCAUGGCAAUUAGAAUUUUUAGAUCUCGUGCAAUCACAUGGUUAUGAAAAUUUAAUUGGUUGUCCUACCCGCGUUACAUCUGGGACGGAAACUUUAAUUGAUUUAUGUUUGACCAAUGCAAUGAGAAAUGACGUAGUAUCUGGUGUACUGACGGUGGAUUUAAGUGAUCACUUACCUCUCUUUUGCUUUCUUCCAUGCGCAAACGUCGGCUACAAUAAAACGAAUAUAACUAACCCUUAUUAUCGAGACAUAAACGAUUAUAGUAUCGAACGCUUCGUUACGCUUGUAUCGGCCAUACACUGGAAUGAUAUAUACAAUGAGCCAAACCCUAGUAAGUCCUACGAUAAGUUUAUAGAAAAGAUAAAAGAAGCCUAUGAAGAUGCGUUCCCAUUUAGGAAAGCCAAAAGACACAAGAAAUCACGGAAACCCUGGAUUACCGUAACACUUCUCAAACGAAUUAAAUGCGGCGAUUUAAACAUGAAUGCUGUAAAUUGCAUGGAGGGUUCAAUUUGCUGA